UAUUGCCUAUAAAAGGAAAGAUUUGUAGGCUACACCUUACACAACAAAACCUCAGUUCAUUCCUCUCUGACUUAUUUUAAAAAAUUUAAAAACUAAAACUCCACCCAGAACUCCACCCAGAACUCCACGUUGCCAAUCAACCCAAAAAUGGCUGCCUUUGACCCUGCUAACCCAGUUUUCCCUCGUGGUUGCUAUCUCGUUCCCACCACAGAUGAAAUGUGUUUCUGGGAGCCCAACUUCGAUGGGAAACAGGAAAUCGACUUCAACAAAUACACAUACUAUGUUGAAACCGAGAGUAAGCUGCUGUUACGCCUGAAAGAUGAAGUGUUGCGCGACAUCUUUCGCAGUCCAGAAAGUCCAUGGGAGGAUAAGCUGAAGGGGAUGGUUAUGGUUUCGCCUAAAGGUAUUAAAACACCAGCCCAUAUCCCCAAUUUGUUUGACAUAGUGGGUCGAAUUAAUGUUAAUGAAGUGUUUGUUAAGCUGCAUAAUUUUAAUUUUGAGUUCCCAAAGUCUAGUAACACAAAACUUAUUACUAAGUUUCUGCAAGGAUUUGUUGACCCAGAACCUAUUCUAGGCUUUAAUGGACCAGUUUAUGCCUUAGGUGACAGUAGGUUGAAAAUUGAAAUGGGAUGUUACACUGAUGGUCUUCAAAUUUUUUACCUAUUUUCUCCUCUGACCCAUAUUGACUUUUCUAUAGCAAUUGGGAGUCUGAUUCCCACACUUGUGAUAGGUAUUCCCAAGUGACCUUAAUUCCUGAAAUUAAGAAAGGAGAGUUAGCCUUUGAUCUAGGUUCAAGUUGUAUUAUAUGGAAUGCUAGGGAAGUUACUAGGCCGUCAUUUGAGUCUAACUUUAAGAAGAUGAUGGAUAUUCACAAUCCUGUUGUUGUCAUUGUUUCUGAGAUUAACUUUGGGAAACUAGCUGGAAGUUUAGGGGAUCAAUUGGGCUGGAAUAUUGAUGAGAGUGUGGGAUUGAAAGAUGGGGUGAUCUUUAUGUGGGAUAAGCGCAGGGCGGAACAAGACGAAGUCACGGUGGCCGGUUCAACUAGCUUCCCUUUUCGUGUUGUUGCAUCAAUCAAGGCAAAAGCAGCUGUGGUGAGUACCCUGGGGGUUGGAGUGGAGGAGGUUGGUUCCACGUCGAAGGCUGUGGAGGUUGGUUCGACUUCAAAGGUUGUCGAGGAUGCAGUUAAUUAGUAAAGGCUUGAUUUGCAUUUCGAUGUUUGAAUGAUUUAUUUCUCGGCUAUGGUGAUUAUUAUGUAUCCUAAAAAUCCUUUCGAGGAUUAGUACUUAUUUUAUGCUUUAGUUAAGUAAAAUAUGCUCUCUAAUGUGUUGAACAAUGAUCGUGGUUUGUAGCUUUUAUUAAUGGUUAAUGAAUUAGUAGUAAUGUUGUGUUGAUGAUUGUGUUAUUGAGUUGACUAUUUUCAUUUUAUAUUGAACCUAUUAUGAUAUAUUUACAUGCCGUAUAUUAACAUGAAGAUUAAGGAUUUGAUUUUUA